UCAGUCCAUGACUUACUGUCAGUUAACACAGUCUAAAUGUGUGAAUCAUCCAUUUGUUGUCUUGCAGGCAUGCUGGUGGUCAAUGUUACCUGGAGGAACAAGACAUAUGUGGGCACACUGUUGGACUGCACACGGCAUGACUGGGCUCCCCCCAGGUUUUGUGAAUCCCCUACAAGUGAUCUGGAGAUGAGGAACGGUCGUGGUCGAGGUAAACGAAUGCGACCGAACAGUAACACCCCCAUCAACGAGAACAGCAACUCGUCAGACAACAAAGGCACCACCAACAAGACCCGUGCCGCGUCUAACAGCAAAGGCCGAAGGGGCAGCCAGACGCCGUCGGAGCGCCGCACCCCACCCAACAGCAACACCGAGGACAUCAAGGCCAGCCCGUCCUCAGCUGGAAAACGUAAGACCAAACCAGCCUCAGACAUGGAACCCAAUUCCAGCUCAGAGGACACCAAAGGCAACAAACGUAUGCGGACAAACUCCAGCAGUGGAGGGGUGGGACCAACCGGCCUCCCUAUCCCUUCUAUUAAGACUGAGCCACUUCCACCUCCCCUCGAUCGCAGCUGCCCCUCUCCAAUUCUAAUUGACUGCCCACACCCCAACUGCAACAAGAAAUACAAGCACAUCAAUGGUCUCAAGUACCACCAAGCCCGUGCCCACAAUGAUGAUGACAUAAAGUUGGAAAUGGAUGGAGACAGUGAGUAUGGAGAGGACUCAACUCUCCACCCCGAACCAGGGAACUGUAACGGAGCCUCCAUCUCUCAGAAAGGAUGCUUAUCUCCUGCACGGUCUGUCACUCCAAAAGGCAGGAACUUUGAGGCUCAGAGUCCUUCCCCAUCUUCUGGCAAGUUUGGUUCAAAGAGUAAAAAGAAAAUUGCCGAGACAGAUCCAGAAACAGGAGGUACACCGAUGGAUGGGUGUGAGGAUGGGCCAUGCCUCACUGAUGAGGCCAGUAACGAUGGUAUAGAUGAUAAGAGAGGAUCAGAUAAGUCUAAAAAGGGUAGCGCUGGCACAAAAGCUGAUAAAAUGGGCCAGAAAAACUUGAAGUCACCGCGACCCAUGGGUCCUGGCCUUCCAGCAUCCCAGCAGAUGUACUCUUUUCCUCCUGGAAACCCAAAUUCUUCCCCAGGGCUUACCCCAAUUAUUCAAGGAAUCCCCAAGAGUCCUCAAAUGAAAGGCACACAGCCGAAACCCCCUGCCAUUGGAGAUCCUGCCCCGAGUAGCUCCAAAGACAAGAAGAAGAAGGACAAAAAGAAAAAGGAUGGUGGGAAGGAAGCAGACAGUCCCAAGCCUCCAGGAAAAGGAGGGAAACUGGAGGAAGGAAAGCUUCCAUACGCCGAACCUUGUGAUCAAGGGAAUAAGGGAGAAGGACUCCUCAAUGGUUCCUCAGAUCCUCAUCAGAGUCGCUUGGCCAGUAUCAAGGCAGAGGCUGACAAGAUUUACAGCUUUUCUGACAACGCCCCAAGCCCAUCCAUUGGUGUCGCCAGUCGGAUAGACGGUAGUGGGAUGCCACAGCCCCUCACACCACUUCAUGUAGUGAACCAGAACGGAGCUGACAACUCUUCAGUCAAAACCAAUAGCCCAGCUUACUCAGAUAUUUCAGAUGCUGGUGAGGAUGGUGAAGGAAAACUAGAAGGUGUCAAAGUCAGGACAGAGGACCAAGCCAUCAGGGAAAGUGUCAAAAAAGCGCUCUUUCCAAACCAGACACCCAACAAAGAUUCCCCGUACUAUGCCAGUUAUGAGACAUAUUACUCACCCAAUUACGUCAACCCCAGUCCAGGUGGGCCCAAUCCAGGAACACCAGUGGCUGAAGGUCAGGUUAAAAUCAAACGAGAUGAUGAGCCGGACCAAGGUGAAGAAAAAGUCAAGGUUGAGGUUCAUGAAGAGCGCAAACCUGACAGCACUGCUCCUGGCCAGCAGCAGCAGCAACCCUCCGUCAUCCAACAGAGAUCCAACAUGUACAUGCAGCCUCUCUACUACAACCAGUAUGCUUAUGUCCCUCCAUACGCAUACCAUCCUGAUCAAGCCUACCAUAACCACUUGAUGAACACCAACCCAGCCUACCGGCAACAGUACGAGGAGCGGCAGCGACAGAUGGCUGAACAGCAUCGUGCUGCUGAGAAGAAGUCAGACGUAGCCAUGAAAGAGCGAGAAGCCUCCAUGAAGGAGGAGUGGAAGCAGAAGAGCCCAAUGCCACCAAGCCUCUCCAAAGCCCCGAGUCAGUCAGACCUUGGAAAGACCUCGCAACCUCCAAGCAAAUCCAGGGACUCACCCUCCGAGCCCUGUUCCAAGUCCAUGGGAAGCAUAAAGGUGGAGGACCCAAAGUCCCAGCAAGCGGAGGGGCUAAAGAUGAAGCUGACUGAAGGGGGCCACCAUGGAAAGGAGGACUCCAAGCAAGCACUGGAGUCCAGAAGCCAGGCAGGGAUGGAGCAAGCCAUGUGGUACAGACAGCAGUACCCCGAGAGCCAGAAGCCCCAAGCAGAAGAUGAACACCAGCAACAACAACCUCGAUGGAAAGAUGAAAGGGACAGAGAGCGGGAACGCGACCGUAAAUUAAAGGAAGACAGGCCUCGGCCCAAGGACAGUCAAAGUGGGCCCAAGGAGGACAGCAAAGAGGGCAGUGAUCCCAGAAUCACUUCUGAAGACCAUCGGGCUCUGAGCAAAGACUCUCGUUCUAAUCCUCACAUGCAGUUCUCAUCACCACUAGCACAGCACCAAGGCUACAUGCCCUACAUGCAUGGUUACCCCUAUGGACAAGGCUAUGACCCCAACCACCCUGGAUACAGGGGCAUGCCUUCAGUCAUGAUGCAGAAUUACCCAGGUUCCUAUCUGCCCGGAGGUUACCCCUUCUCUCCAUACGGGAGUAAAAUAGCCGGAGGGGAGGAAGUCAGCGACAAAUCUUGCGCUAGCCCCACCGUCACCAAAACAGCAACGGACUCCAAAGCCCUCGAUAUCCUGCAUCAGCACGCCAGCCAGUACAAGAGCAAAUCCCCGACUGUAGGCGACAAGCUGCCCCACGACAGGGAGAGGGAGCAGGACCGAGGGGCUGCCGGAGACCGAGACCGGGAACGGGAGCGCGAACGGGAACGGGAGCGAGACGUGGACCGACCGCGAUCCUCGCCGUCCCAGCGCAUCAUGCCCUCCCACCACCACCUGGGAUACCCCCUGCUCUCAGGGCAAUACGACCUGUCCUACGCCACAGGGAAACCUGACCGUCACACCUCAACCCUGCAGAGAUUCAUGUGACCGGCUCACGUGAGAAGCUGAUCUCCGGGUGAAACCUUCUAGACAUCAGUUGAAUGGUGUUUCUACCUAUAUUUUUUAGUUUCUUCUGCCCCGAGGCGAGGCAAAGUGUUGUUGUUUUUGCUGUUUUUUUUGUUGUUGUUUUUUUUCCUCCUCCCCUCGUAAAAGAAUUCUCCAAACCUUGGACUGUAACAGGACUGAGAAUAAACCAGGUUCAAAGCCAUCGCUCUCUCUGGCCGUCAGAGGAAACACCGACCCGCUGAUUAUCUAGUCUUUGCACUGUCAACAAACACAAUGCAAAAAGAGACUAUGGGAUGCCACAACAGCUUCUCUCGUUGUUGUUUUGUUUUUUCUGACUGCAUUAUUUGUUUUAUUUAGUCACGCAGAGAGAAAUUGGCCAGGAAGAAGGGUGGCUGAUGGGGAAAGAGGAGUCAAAGUGAAUGAAAGAGGGACGCAGAACGAGGAGGCUUCAGCUCUUCUGUCUUUGGCUUCAUGAAUCAGCAGAAAAUCCUAAACUUGACAAACGUUUGGCUACCGGGGGAGGGAGAGGGAAAAUGGUAACAGCUGCUUUCUUCAGAGACUUCCGAGCCUGAGACUGAAGUUUAUUCGUUGGUUUUCCAUCGUCAUUAACUCCCAUCCUCUCUGAACCCUCAGUUUUCGUUUCAGGGAUGAUGUCGUCGUGUUUUUUGUUUUGUUUUUUUUUUGCGAAGGGACCGCGAACACCUCAACAGAGAAUCAACACUAUUCAUGUUUUCUUUCUUUUCUCCAUUUAGUUCUACUCCAUAUCAUUGUGUUCAACUUUGAAUGUGUCUGAUGCUGGUGUUGGUCCUGUUUUUUUUGUUUUUUCUGUCUGUUUCCACUCUAAAACGCGGUGAAGCCACGUUAGCGAAGCCGUUCGAUUGCUCUGUGGCUGUUUUCCUGUCAGGUUGUGCUUCUUUUCCAGCUCUGUCACGUUUGAUUGUUUCCUGUAAACAAUGUGAAAAGUUCACUCAUGUAAUUUUUCUGCUGUAAUAUAGACUUUAAUCCUCCUUUUUAAUGUGCAUAAAUGUUUAUAUUUAUCCCAGAACGCAACUGUUCAAAAAGAAGAAAAAAAGUGUUAAAAAGCUUUCAGCCUCACAGCGUUUCACCGUGACGUCACAUCUGUCGCUGCAGAGUCUCUGUGCUGCUUCUGCUUCUUCUUCUUCUUCUGCUUCUUCUUUGCCUCACAGUUUCACUCGUCUCACUGCAGCUUUAUUUGCUUCGGCUUCGUUCCGUUCAUCCCAUCGUCUCCCUCCAGGCUUCAGGUUGCAUCUCGGUGCUUCGCUUGCUAACGUGGCUUCACCAGAAACACCUCAGACAGGUUCUUAGCAUGUUUUUGCGUUUUUUCGCUUUAGAUCCGGCCAGAAACGGGCCAACGACAGGUCAGCUGACUGUCCCGGUAAAUAGAAACGCAUGAGACGACCCCACCUCCAAAGAAAAGAACAAGAGUCGGUUAAAGUAGAGCAACGAGUUAAAUUAAUUUUUAAAUGGACAUCGGAGUUCCUCCUGGCUUUAAAUCAGAUGUUCCUCAUACCUCAGGGGUUGUAAAAGCUGAAACUAUCCAUCGAUUGGUUCCUGUUUCUGGUGUGAGGAGGGAAAAAGCCCAUUUUCUACAAGGUUUAACGUGUUGAGGGUUGUCUUAACGUUCCUCUAAAACCAUUAGAGAGUAGAAUACUGACCACGAUGUCAUUAAAUUUAAUUUUAUCGAUUUAUUUUUUGUUACUUUUAAUGUUCCCAUUGUUGUAGUCUCUUUUUUUCCUCAUUAAACACUCGGAUCCCUGAAUAAACCGCCCACCGGUUGAUCUCAGUCUCUCCGAUCAGCUGCAGCUCUUCGUUUCCAGGUUCUUGGACAUUCCAAGGAGGAAAGCUGCCGGUUUCUCGCCCCAGACGGUUUCUAUUUUGACUUUUUAAGCGCAUUUUAAAGAAGAAUGGCUGACGUGAAUAGACUGAAUGUGGUGGUGUUUGUACUUAAUCUGUGAGGGUAUCUAGGCAGCUGUGAUGUUGUCCUUCAGUCAGUGGGUUUUAGUACCAGCAGACUGCAUACAGUACAUAUAGUUUUAUCAGACAAUGGUUGUGACAAGUGCAUUUGUUCUCUCUCUGAGAGUAGUAAUGUUAUCUCAGUAGUAAAGCGAAGCCCAGUGAAAAAUCCUCUAUAUACUAAAGUGUAUGAAAAGCCAGAAAAGUAAUGUUUGCUAUCAACAUAUUGGAAAGUGCUUGGCUCUUGUAUUUUGCAGGACUGUAUUUGUUUCAUGGUGAAGAGUAUAUUUAUUGGCCAGCAGUUGUCUCAAUUGGUGCCUAGUUGAACAUUCUCCUGUGAAAACGCAGAGACAUCUCGCUCGUUUGUCCUUUUCCUGACCUUCCGACCAUCACGCAAACUCCCCCUCCCUCCCGGAGCGCAGCACCAGCGCUCACUACGGAUGUUUACAAGGUCUUCAUUUCUCUUUUCUUUUUGGUUUCUUUUUGUUUCUUCCUGUGUGAGAAAUUCAGAACUCUCCUCCCUCCUCUCCUCGUUUCUCCCUCUCCCUUCAGGAGUUUGUGUAAAGUGUACAUUACCAUGGUUCUUUUUUAUACAAUACUCUGUAACUUGCCUUUGUAAAUUUGGGCUGGAAAAAAUAAAUCUUUUUAUGAGACAA